UUGGUGUCGUUUGCUAAAACGGGUAGUAGAAAAUCAGGUCACAACGAAACCUACACAACACGAAAUUAGGGUUUAAGGUCUCCUCCACCGCACGCUGCGAGCGAGCAAGCAAUUAAACACACUCAUUGAGAGAGAGAAUCAAGAAGCAAGAAAAGAUCAAUGGCUUCAAGGGGUGUGUCUCUGAAGGCAAAGGGAAAGAGCUCGAAGGGAUCGAAGGGAUCAGAGGAUCGUUUCUUAAGCGAGAGCGUGAAGGAGUGGUCGACAUGGGCGAUGAGGAAGGCCAAGGUUAUCACCCACUACGGAUUCAUCCCUCUCGUCAUCAUCAUCGGUAUGAACUCCGAACCAAAACCCCAACUCUCUCAGCUUCUCAGCCCUGUUUGAUUCUUCAUCGAUUCAACCAGGCCUUCCUCUUCUUGAUUUAUUAGAAUCAAGUGGAUCAGAUUAUGUAGCUUUUUUUUAUUUGGGAUAUUUUCGGAGACGCAUUAGAAGAGCUAUUUAUUAUUAUGUUUGCUAUAAUAAUAUUCACUUGUUUGCGAUUGUUCCGUGUUUACAUUUUCUCUCCAAGUCACUUGAUGUGGUUGUUCUUUGAGUUAAGGCUUAGUAUUUGUGUGUGUGUGAGAAUAUGUGAUAAUGUUGAAUGCUGUUGCAUCUAAUAGGAAGUCUUGGAGUACCCUCAUCUUUGUUCCUCUUAAAGAUUUUAGGAUCAUCAGUUUGAUCUUCCAAUGAUUAUUACACUUGGAACUAAUCUGAAGCUUGUGUGGUGAUCAAGAAUUAUCAUAUCAAAGUUUAUUUAGGAUAUUGGAUUUUGCAAUUAUGUCUAAAUCCUUGUAUGUUUGUUGGAGUAGAACCUAUUUCAAGGUUAUUUAAAAGAUUUCUAGAACAUUAAUUUGAUAUUUGAUUAUCCAAAGAUUAUUAUCACA